AUCUUUGGCGUCUAUAAAAUCGAGUAAUGGGAGCUCUCUCAGUUGAAUAGCGACAUGUUUUCCAAUAACAUCGUACUCAUCACAUUGCUGAGAACAACUGGAAGUUUGUAUAGUACUAUUCAGUUGUUUCAGCUCAUUAAUAGCUGCUGCAAUUCCGCUCGUUUCUUGGGUACCAGACAAAAGGGAAUGGGAAGACAUACAAGUAGGAUUUCACCACAGGUGGAAUUUUCCAGGAUGUUGUGGAGCCAUCGACGGCAAAAAAUAAAGGAACAAACAGCUUGGUGCUCUUAG